AUGACAGAAAUACACGCCCUCCUCGACUACACCGACGAUAAAUCCUACGUCCAACCACUCAUCGAAUCCGCUCUCCACAAACACCUCCCCUCCCUGCACCUCCUCCACAACCAACCCACCACUCCACUUCCCUCAACCACCCCCCUCCUAACAUGGACCUCCUACGAAUCCCUAGACUUCCAAACCCUCCUUUCGAAUCCAACCACAAACCUAUUUAACGCCUACAUAAUCCGCAAGGCAUUAAUUCGAAAACACUAUCUCCUACAUACGAUCGAGAGUUAUGUGAAGAAAAACCCUAAGAGCGUGUUGAAGGAUGCGACGCCGGUUGGGGUUGAGUUUGAGGUUGAUUAUGUGGAGUUUUUGGAUGAGGCUUUGGUUGAGGCUUAUGAGUUGGUUGAGAGUUUGGAAAGGAAUGAAGGGGUGGAAGAGGAGAGGGGGAGGGAGUGGUGGAUUUUGAAGCCGGGGAUGAGUGAUCGUGGGGUUGGGAUUAGAUUGUUUUCGACGAUGGGGGAGUUGCAGGGUAUUUUUGAGGGGUGGGAGGAGGAGUCUGAUGAAGAAGAAGAUGAUGAUGAAGACGAAGAUAAAGCUACCAGGUCAGAUGGAGAAGAAGGAGAAGAAGAAGAUAUUAAAACUUCAACCGACGAUAAAGAAAAGAAAUCAACCGGCAUAAUCACCUCCAGUCUCCGACACUUCGUAGCCCAAGUCUACAUCCCUCCGUUCCUACUCACCCCAAAACCAAAUACUAAUAACCCUUCGAACAUCGGUCCUCGAAAGUUCCACAUAAGAACUUACGUCCUCGCCUACUCCGCUCUCAAAAUCUACGUCUACAGAAACAUGUUAGCCCUCUUCGCCGCGAAGGAAUAUACCCCUCCAUCAUCAUCAGAUUUCAACAAUAAUAAUGGUGAUGACACAUCAGAACCUCCAGAUCUAUCAGCACACCUCACAAACACCUGUUUACAAUCCGGUAUCCACGAUGGUAGCGUAAUCCCCUUCUGGAACCUCCCCGAAUUCUUUAUUAUAGAUCAAACAAAAGUGGAAGAAUGGUAUUCACAAGUAUGUGAAAUUACCGCAGAAGUUUUUAAAGCCGCUGUUAGCGGCGGGAGGAUACAUUUUCAACCUUUACCUAAUGCUUUUGAAAUCUUUGGGUUUGAUUUUUUGGUCGGGGAGGAUGGGAAGGUUAGGGUGUUGGAGGUUAAUGCUUUUCCGGAUUUUAGGCAGACAGGGGAGGAGGAGAAGGAACUUGUGGCGGGGUUGUUUGAGGGGGUGGUGGGGGUUGUUAAGACGUUUUUUGGAGAGGAGGCAGAGGAGGAUGGGAGGAUGGUGAAGGUGCUUGAUGUUGGUGUUGGUGGGUUUUGA